CGGAAACGGAAACCACGGAAUCAUAACAUAAAUAAAUCUCACGAUGAAAAUCGGUCGAGAUCAACAAAGAAAAUGACUGUGAUGACAGAUUAGUGCGUUAUUUUUUCGCCUUGUUUAUAAUCGGUUUGAAGUUUCUCAAGUUGCCAUCAGUUUUUGUGAUAUGGGAUAGCAGUUUGAAAGCUGGAGUACCCAGUACGACAUCAUUGAGUCACAUCCACCCUCUCAGUCGCGCGCAGCCGGAACUGAAAAGCAACCAAGAUGAAUGCUCGGUCUCAAGUAAUGGAGCUGACUGUGGAGGGUCGGCAGAUAGAGGAAGUCAUCCACAGUCUCUUCCACACCAUUUUGCUUCACAGGACCACGGGGAAGUACAUCUAUAACAAGGAGAAGAACUUCACCAUCGGUCAUGUGAAGGUUCAAGAUGUGGACUGCGAUUUCUUGGAUUUCUCUUAUGUGAAGCUGGUGAGUCCCGAGCUGGACACGUACCUGAAGAAAGAGGUGGCCCAGUUCAGGGACAUGCUGAGGUCCAGCGAGGGCCAGCACUCCGGACAGAUUUCUCUGGAGUUCUACAGGAAGCACAAGACCCGCUGGCUGUUCCAGGCGGACAACUCCCCCUGGGAGGUCUGGACCAUCAAACUGGAUGUGACCAACCUCAGCAACGAGAACGAGCGGCUGGAGUUCAAGGCCAAACUGACGGAGCAGAUGUCGGAGAAAGUGUUCAGCAUCAUCGACAUCAUCAACCGCCACGAGUUUGUGCCACGUGUGCCCGUGAGGGAGGAGGAGGAUACGGUCUUCGACACCAGCUUCUCCGACAUUCAGCCUUAUCUGUUCAGGAUCUACCACCAGACCACAGGACCAUCACCCAACUCUGUGGGACUCACCAUGAGGAAAUUUCUGCGCGGCUCGUUUCAGUUAUGAUUCUAUGUUUCUCUACGUACUUACAUGUGUGUUGUGUAUGUGUUGUUUUUUUACCUCACAAGAUUGUUUGUCUAUCAUACCAGUUGUAGGUUAUUGGACGGUCAUCUCGUUUUCUCUGAAGAUAAAUUUUUUUUAAAGGAAAAAUAUUCAUUGCCGAGCUGUCAACUUUCAGUAUAUAUAAUAUUGUAGAACCUGCCGUAUCGGUCACCUGUAACAAAAGCCACUGUUCUCUGUUACCCUCAUAUUUUAAAAAAUAUUUUCAACCUGUCCACUGUGGUCCCUAUCCAAUGUGGCCAUGGUUGGUCAUUUUGCAGCAAAUGAGCCUCAAAACCUGCAGAUAGCAGCGGUCACUUGCUGCUUAAGCUUUCUUCCAGCUUGUCCUUAGACUAAGUGUGUACAUUCAAUCAACACAAAUAAGCUCUUUCUAAUGAUAAGAAACAAUUCUGUUGUACAUGAAAUGCAAAGGUAAAAUUAAUAGGCCUAUUUCAGAUUUCAUUACUUUGCCAUCACAAGGCUCAUUUAGUAAAAACCCUUGCCAUCACAAGCAUUUUGGGGGAAAUCCAAAGAAACUGGCUGGUGAACAUCGCCGAUCGGCGUCUUAUGACGAGAUCAGAUGUCCGGCGUUCUUGCCAAUUGGCGAGAUGUGACGGCCAAGUGUUAAACCAUCUGUUGACUUUGUCAAGUGUUGAGGUCACCACAGCUCAGGCCCUGACCAAAGCGGUGACUUGUCUGUAAUGGUCACUUUUCUCUGACUCUGUGACUUGAGUGACCGUUAUGGACGGGUCCAGGUUCUGCUGUACGGGUCAGGUCGUUCAAGAAUAAGAAUAAGAGGUUGUACUUGCCUGGGUUCUGCCGAAUUUUUUUUUCCCCGAUGGAAGACAGCUAUGGGCAAUUCGAAGCCUUUUGUUGGAAAUUAUGCCACUUAUUAAUGCUUUACCAAUCUCCCGGUUACACAAUGUUUUAUUUUUGUUGUUGACAAAAUGACCUACGAAUACUAAUUUUUUUUUGGACCCACCUAAAAUUAUAGCACUCUUCUCUGCCUGAAUCGCUCUUAUUGAAAUUAGAUCAUUUGAUCCACAAGCAAAUAAAUAUUAACCAGUUUCCUCAAGGUAACGUAGGACUAUGUUGUUUUAGAAGACUUCUAUUUUAUUCUGAAUGACGCCUCUGUCAUUGUUUUAUUUUUCAUGUCUCUUGACUGGUAUAUAUUUCUUUCAGUAGUUGUUGUUGCACCAAGAAUCAUCUAUCCAAACAUUCAUUUUCACAUUAAUUUACAUCUCUCAUUUGAUGUGCAUGUAGCCUGCCCACUGUACAAAGAACCAGCAUAAAUUGAUCAUGAGUUUUCCAAAAAUGUUGUACAUUUCAUUGUAAAGAAUGUAGCGUUAAUGUACAUGUGUAUCAUAAAAAUCAAUGGAUCCUUUAUGGCUGUGGUAAUGUGAUAGGAGAGCUGGACUUGAAAAUGGAGAAGUAUGAUUGUGGUUAGAUCUCGGUGAGCGACUUUGCCUGAUGGAUGUAACAUGUAAAUUUUUUUUUUUUUUAUGCUACUACUGAUAACAGUAAAACGUGUAGAGGAGAUGAAAGAAGAAAAGUAAAAUUGGACUUUUUAUGUUGUGUGUGUGUGUGUGUGUGUGGUUUUUCAAGAAAAACAAACUUUUUUUAGUUUUGUGAGGUAGAUAAAUGUGCACAUUUAUGAAAUUAGACUGUUGAUUGAAAUAAAAAUGAGGAGGUGAGAGGAGAGAAGUGAAA